AGUUGACAUUGACUUUGUUUCAGGGUUAAAGCAUUGUUCCCGCCAAAAAUAAUACUUCAGUUUGUUUCUACAUUUUAGACUUUAUUUUAUUAAUAUAAAAUUAUUCAUAAUGGAUGUUGCUGACAUUAAUAUUGGUCAAAGACAGCAUCGUGAUGAAAUUGGAAUUCGAUGCCAAAAAUUGUUUCAAGACUUUUUAGAGGAGUACAAAGAGGAAGGCGAAUUAAAAUAUCUUGAGCCUGCAGUAGAACUUCACAGCGAAGAACGAAGUACUAUUGAAAUCAGCUUCGAAGAUAUAGAAAAAUAUAACCAAAAUCUUGCCACUACCAUCAUUGAAGAAUAUUUCAGAAUCUACCCAUAUCUUUGUCAAGCAGUCUCCAAUUUUGUCAAAGAUAGAGCUGGUCUCAAAAAUGAAAAGGAAUGUUAUAUUAGUCUUAUGGAUGUACCCACAAGACAUAAAGUUAGAGAACUUAAAACUGAUAAAAUAGGUACUUUGGUGAGGAUAUCUGGGCAGGUUAUUAGAACGCAUCCUGUCCACCCUGAAUUAAUUUCUGGAACUUUUACCUGCGUGGAAUGCCAGACUGUAAUUAAAAACGUGGAGCAGCAAUUUAAGUUUACAAAUCCAACAAUUUGUAGAAAUCCUGUAUGCAGUAACCGUAGGAAGUUUUUGUUGAAUGUUGAUAAGUCUAGAUUUGUAGAUUUUCAAAAAGUUAGGAUUCAGGAAACACAAGCUGAGUUACCAAGAGGUUGUGUACCCAGAAGUGUAGAAGUUAUCCUUCGUGCAGAAAAUGUAGAAACAGUUCAGGCUGGAGAUCGAUAUGACUUCACUGGAACACUAAUUGUAGUACCUGAUGUUGGAGCUUUUGCUCUCCCUGGAGGUCAAACACAAUCACGUUCCAAAAAUAGAAGGCCUGAGGAAUCUGAAGGUGUUAGGGGACUCAAGGCACUUGGAGUCCGUGAUCUACAUUAUCGCAUGGCAUUUUUAGCUUGCAGUGUGCAACCAACUAUUCCCAAAUUCGGAGGAAUUGACAUGCCAUUAGGAGAAAUUACUCCAGAAAUAAUGAAGCAACAGAUGACUGAAGGAGAAUGGGCGCAUAUGUAUGAAAUGUCUCAUGACAAAAACUUGUAUGUGAAUAUGAUCAACAGUCUAUUUCCAAGUAUACAUGGUAAUGAGGAAGUUAAGAAGGGGAUUUUGUUGAUGUUGUUUGGAGGAGUAUCGAAAACUACAGUAGAAGGUACUUCUUUAAGAGGAGAUAUCAACUGUUGCAUAGUGGGUGACCCAAGUACAGCAAAGAGCCAGUUCCUGAAACAAGUCUCUGAAUUCUCUCCUAGAGCAGUAUACACCUCAGGCAAAGCUUCCACUGCAGCAGGUUUAACAGCAGCUGUCGUAAAAGAUGAAGAAUCUUCAGAUUUUGUUAUAGAAGCUGGAGCCCUUAUGUUGGCAGAUAAUGGAGUUUGUUGUAUAGACGAAUUUGACAAAAUGGAUUUAAGAGAUCAGGUUGCUAUUCACGAAGCUAUGGAACAGCAGACGAUUUCUAUCGCCAAGGCAGGUGUUAGAGCAACACUUAAUGCGAGAACUUCAAUAUUGGCGGCAGCUAACCCUGUAGGAGGGCGUUAUGAUCGUGCGAAAUCUUUACAACAAAACAUAAACCUGUCAGCUCCUAUUAUGUCUAGGUUUGACUUGUUCUUUAUUCUUGUCGAUGAAUGCAAUGAAGUUAUAGAUUAUGCUAUUGCUAGAAAGAUUGUUGAUUUACAUUGUAAUAUAGAAGAAAGUGUUGAAAGAGUAUACACUAAACAAGAAGUUUUGCAGUACAUAAGUUUUGCCAGGAAAUUUAAGCCCAUUAUCAACAAAGAGGCUGGAGAUUUGUUAGUUCAUUAUUAUAAUCGUUUAAGACUAAGAGAUAGUUCAAGUACUGGUAAAUCCACAUGGCGCAUCACUGUAAGGCAAUUAGAAAGUAUGAUUCGACUUUCGGAAGCUAUGGCAAGAAUGGAUAUCUCAGAUGAAGUUCAAACAAAACAUGUUCGUGAGGCAUACAGAUUGUUAAACAAGUCUAUCAUAAGAGUUGAACAGCCCGAUAUUGAACUUGGAAGAGAUGAAAAAGAUGAUGCUGCACCAGAAGUUGAAAAUAGUGAAACAAUGGCUACAGACACUCCUGAACCUACUCCAACUGUAACUAAAAAGAAGAUGCUUUUAAGCUUUGAAGAAUAUAAAACUAUCAGUAAUAUGAUCAUCAUUCAUAUGAGAAGGGAAGAAAGUAGAAUGGAAGCAGAGGGCAAAGAUGGCAUUCAUAGAAGUGAUGUAGUUGAGUGGUACUUAAACCAAGUAGCAGAUCAGAUUGAAAACGAAGAAGAACUUAUAGAAAAGAAAGAUAUGUUCGAAAAAGUUUUGGAUCGUCUAAUGUAUAUUGAUCAAAUUAUCAUUCCUCUAAGUCGCGUUGGACUCAAAGGAGCAGAUCAAGAAGAAGAAGAAGAUCCAAUGUUGGUAGUCCAUCCAAAUUACGUUAUUGAUCAGUAGUUAAUUUUAACAUUAAGUUUUAAAAAUCUUUUAUAGUUGCUAUAGUUCGUAAGAAUAUUUACUAUUGCAAGUAGGAGGGGUACAUAAUGAGUCACGUUACAAAUCGAGCAUUAAAAAAGCAUUUAGACCUGGAUCCCGCGUACCAAAAAAAAUUUUGAUUAAUAGCAAGCUGAAAAUUUGUUAAUAGCUUAACGUUGUCUAGUCGGACAAACUUUGAUGUACGGGAACGCUGGAACAGGGAAGUUUUAAUUGUGGAACAGUUCGAACAUUACGAAAACGUCCCAUGUAUUUUGUCAGGCAGUACAUCCAAUUGAUCUGUUACCCUUUCAUUAAACUCUCAUGCAAAAAUCAGACUGCUAUUACUAACCAACAUGAUUCCUGUCGUUUGACAUGUUCUUCGUGUUCCAUUCAUUAAAAUGCCCAGUUGGUGAUAAACACCAGUCUGAUUUUUGCAUGAGAGUUUAAUGAAAUGGUAAAAAGUCAAAUGGAAGUUCUGUCCGACAAAAUACAUGGAACGUUUUCGUAGUCUGACGUUCCAAAUUUUUAACCUGUUCCACAAUUAAAACUUCCCCUGUUCCAGUGUUCCUAUUAAUCAAAGUUUGUCCGAGUAGACCACGGUUCUUAGACAUUACUACGGUUGCCUAAAUCGACUAACCAAUGAACAUUAAGGGUGAGAUUACGUCACGAGAGUUUACUGUCAUUUGAAUCGUAAUAUGAUUUUUUUCGAAUCCUGAGAAAACCAAGUAUUUUAGAAAAAUUUAAACGCAGGAUGCAAGAUUACAUUAUUACCGAGGGCGGGAAGCCCCUUAGAAUAAACAAGCAGAUUCUAUUAAAUGAAAUAUUUGAAAUUAAAUAUCACACUUCUCUUUUAUUUUCAGCCCUGUAACUUAUUAAAAUAAACAUAGAAGUUUUCAGGGACUUUCAGCCCUCGGUACUAAUGUAAUCUUUCAUUCUGAGUUUAAAUUUUUCAAAAAUAUUUAUUAGUUUUCUCAGGAUUCGAAAAAAAUGAAUACAAUAGACCAUGAAGGCCGCGUCUCACCAUCAAAUAAUUUGAUCAAACAGUUUGAGCAAACUUGACGUACUUGAGGAAGUACGUCAAAGUGACGUCACAAUUGCAUAAAAAUCUGUGCUCUCACUAUCAGUCUAGUUUGAUCAAAUUUUUUGUAUUGAGUUGUCUAACUUGUUUGUACUUUAUUUAAAAUUAAAAUUUUUCUUUAUUAUCCACAAUGAACACUCAGGAUGUGACGUCACUAACUGUCACUUUCAGUUUGCUCAAACCAGUUUGAUCAAAUUAUUUGAUGGUGGGACGCGGUUUUGAUAGUGUGACGUCAAAACGUCAAAAUUUUUCCAAACACGUUGUGUCUAGGGUAUACGCUACCGUGUACGCAAAUAAAAAAGUUAGGUAGAAUUAAACGCCAUAACAAAUAUUUUUCUAUCAAACACUAAACAUAUCAAAAUAGCGUGUAUCAAAAUAUACAGUCACUGCCCACGCUAAAUAGUCACUAGCUUGAUGAAGUUUAACUUUUUUAUUUGCGUACAUUUUAGCGUGUACCUAGACACAACGUGUUUGGAAAACUUUUUUUGACGUUUUGACGUCACGACUAUCACGGUCCAUUAAAACACAUUGAGAAUUUUGACAUGCGUCAAAAUUUUGCAUUAACUCAAUGUAAAAUUCUGAACUGUUGAAUUCCAGCUUCCCUAAUAAUUAUUGUACAUCAAAAGACAUUAGAAACUAUUUGUAGAGGAUUGAAAUCUGUAUUGGAAAUAACUGUUAAAAUUGGUCUACGUAAUUAAACAUAUUCCAAAAUUUUGUAAAAUGUAAAUUUUAGUUUUCAGCCCAAACUUAGGCCACACACAAUGCAGUAAUGUUCACAUUUUUGAACUGUCAAUAUUUUUAUUUUAUCAUCUAUUGUUUAAAAACAAUACAGUUGAUAAGAUACCCUCAGUUGCGGAGAAAGGAUUAAUAAUAAAGAUUUUUUUAUUCAGUCAAUGGUGUGAACACUGUCAGUUAAAUAGUAACGUGUGGCCUUACUUUUACACGCAUACCUAUUGUGGCAAAUGCAUCAUAUUUUUCAAAAUUUUGGAAUGCAUUUAAAUCGUAGAACAAUUUUAACUUUUGAUUUUAAUACAGAUUUUAAUUCUCUACAAGUAUUCUCUCAUGACUUUUGAUGUAAAAUAAUUAGGGAAGCAGGAAUUCAACAAUUCAGAAUCUUACAUUGAGUUUCCUAUGGCCCUUUUUACGAUUCACCACCCGGUAUAAGAUAAAAUGUGUACUAUUUGUCUAAUUAUUUCAUAAUAACACAAAUAAUACACAUAUAUACACAAUAACACACAUUCAAUGAUCGAAAAUCAUUUAAAAAUAUGGGAAUGUAAACUCUUGUGACGUAAAGUCAAAAAUAUAAGUCUCCCCACCACCGUCGGACAAGACAACCGUAAUAAAGUCUAAUAACCGUGCGAGUAGACACUGUUAAGCUAUUAACAAAUUUUCAGCGUGCUGUUAAUCAACUUUUUUUGGUACGCGGUAUCCAGGCAGGUCUAAUUUCUUUGAUGUUUUUUUAUUGCAGACUCUCAAUGUUAAAUAUUUAUUUUAUCUGUUUAGACUGGUAAAUUCUACAAAAUAUCUGUUAUACAAAAUAUCUGUUAUAAGAUUUGUAUUUAUUAUCCAUUUUUCACAGCUUAUAUAUUUUUUAGAAAUCUACCUUUGGCGAAACAUUAUUUGUCACAGUUUUACAGUUUUAAAAUUUGUCUCAAUACACACAUUUACACUGUUUGACGUGAAGAUCAUAAAUGAAACUAAUGUACAGUCGGAAAAAUGAAAGAAUACCCAUGAACGAACUUAUAAACAUGCCGUAUUUUCCUGUCACCGUGUCACAAAGAAAAUUGCCCAGCGCAAGUACAUGUAAUAAUAAUUAUUACAUGUACUUGCGCUGGCCAAUUUUUUGUGUGACACGGUGACAGGAAAAUACAGCGUGUUUUAUAUUCUUUCAUUUUUCCUACUGUAAAUUCCGAAAAUUCAUAUAGCUACUUAUUCAUACAGCUUCACCGACACUUGCGCUCCUUUUGAUUUCUGAAAAUCCCGUCCAACUAAAAAUGUUUAUAUUUUAUUUUUCUUGUAUAUUAGAAUUGUUAAUUGUUUACCAGUUUACUUAAAACCUUUUGUUACAAAAGCAGGUAAGCCCAAAAUUAUUCAAAGAAACUGGUUUCGGGGAAUUCGAAUGAACUAUUUCUAGAAAAAAUCGACACAUUCAAAAAAUAUUGGCAUACAUUUUUUAUAAACAUAUAUGCCAUAUCACCAAUGUUUUUGUACCAAUGCCAUGUUUUUAACAGCUUAAGUUCCUCUUUUUGUUAUUGUUUCCAAAUGUGUCUCAAUGAAGGACCCUUGUAAGCUGUUGAAAAAUUAUAUAAUUUUAAAGUAACCUCUAUCAUAAAAUUUAUUAUAUUGACAAUUGUUUCAUUUUUGUUUUAUUUAAAGCAUUCAGCAAAUAUUGUACCACUUAGUAUUAAAAAUGACAAUCUCAUUUAACGUUAGGUUUUAUUUUUUAUUAUAAAAUACUGUACAAAACAAUAAAGACGAAUACUAUUUA